GCCCGCUCUCUCCACACUCACAUCAGAUUCCAAGAUGGCGGCGCUAAAAAAACAGAGCUGUGAUGAGCGGACAUGCUAACAGACUUUACCAUGGAUUAACUUCAGAUUAUUACACACGGCAGACUCGGUGAUGCCUAAUUCAACAUGGGCUUUUGAGACUUCACUGUGAACUGGGAUAUAAAAGACUGGACAUCAUGAUCGAUCUGAGCUUCUUGACGGACGAGGAGCAGGAGACCAUCUUGACUGUUCUGAAAAGAGACGCGGAGCUGAAGAAGGCCGAGGAGCAGCGAGUCCAAAGGCUGCAGCAGAUGGUCUCAAACAAAGGCCAGCUGAAGUAUCUGACCGGAGAGUGGUUUUAUGAGGCCAAACAACUCCGGCACCAGGAGCGAAUCCACGGCUCUGAAAUCAUCUGGGCCUCCAUCAAACACACUCACAAACCCAUCACUAUCUUGGAGCUCUCACAGAUCGCACCACAGAGACCCAGUUUUGUGAGCAGUGAUAAUAAGGAUGUGUUUGUACCAGCGGUAUUGUCUGGACUACUACAGGAGCCCCUCACCACGCCCGACAACAACUGGGAUCAUGUUCAGAACUCAUACGAACAAGGGCCCUCCAAACAUUUGUCGCCCACAAAACAGAGGUUAAACCCUUUUAACAGUACAGCCGAUGAGCCUGGUUGUGCAGACGAGUCACAGACAACGCAACAAUCCCCAUAUUCACAACCAGAUGAAUAUAUCUUACCAACGGAUCUUAUAAAUCCUUAUGGCCUUCUUCAAAAUCUGGACCCCAGCACUCUCAUUUUCCCUAUUUCACUAAAGUCACCUCUCCAACCAGUGCCUGAAGAAAACAUUGAAAGCAUUACAAAUUAUGAUAUAAACAUGGGAACAGACGAUGCAGGUGACAGAUCAAAUGAUGCUUCUCCAAAGAGUAUCCUAAAGCACCUGUCAGAUACUUUAGUUUUGAAUGAAAGGAACUCAGCCCAAGCUGAAUCUCCUCUUGAGCAAUGGGUAGAUAGAAAACAAGUAAGGUUUAGUUCAGUGCUCAGUGGCAGCAGUGUGAAGCAUGAUGGGAAAGAGGUCGGAGAACACAGCCUUUUGGAUGUGGACUCAAUUGCUCCACAAGAAGAGGAGAGGAAAGAUGGAGAGGACGGUACAAAAGCAGAGGAUGGAUCAAAACUGGAGUCUGAAAUCAAAUCAACAGACAGCGAAGCAGCAGAACUGGGUGAAAGCCAACAAGAAGAUGCUAAUGAUCAGCCAGAGAAAUAUCAGGCCCAAAGUCCAGGGCCUUGUUUAAUAUCAGCCACACAUGAGUCAGGUAAGGCCGUCCACUUGGAGACUGUGCCAGAGGAGGACCACGACCCUCCCCUCACUGAAAAACAACUGACCGAUGAGAGCUCGAAGAAACCCUCUCAUGUCUCACCAUCGGCUAAACAGCGGCUUUUGGGAUUUUUUAAAAGAGACAAGGUUAAAAAUACUGAAGCAAAGAAGCAAAAGGAAGUGAAAAACGAAGAUGAGGAGGAAUCGAUUUUACUUGAAGGAACUGUGCCAUCUGUAGAAGCCCCAUUACAGACAGCAGAGGAUAGAGGAGAAAGUGAACUGAACACAUCACCAGAGAAGAGUGGUCCAAAAAUAGAAGGGAUCACAGAAACAGAAUUGCAAACUAAGACAAACGAAUCCUCACAAACUAUUCAAGCAAGUCUAAAUACAGAAAUCGUAGUUAGUAAUGUCUCAAAAAGUCCAAAUGAUCAUGAAAAUAUUACCAAAAGUGAUGGAAAUUCUCAUUAUAAACUGCAGCUGGAGUGCUCCAAUGAAGACACUACUUACAGGGCAUUCCCAGUCCUAAUUUAUGAAGAUAGUGAAGAUUCUAUUGUCUGUUCAGUUCCUGAAAUGCAGAUCACUGAACCCAAAUCCAAACAGUUACCAGUGGCCCUCCCUAAACAGCUAUCAUAUUUCCCACAAGACGAUAAACCCGCUAAUGUUUGUGAGCUGAAAAACUUCUGGGAGGAAUGUUCAGGAGGUAGGGCCAGUGCACCUUGUAGUCCCAUACACUCAAGUAAACCUUCUCCCAUUGCUUCUCCACUGAAAGCUACAGGAAGCCAGAAGAGACCAGAUCCAAUUUCCCCUUCCAAAAUCAUUACCAUUAAAUCAGUCAUAGUUAACGACAAAGGAUUUGUGAGUACUGAUAUAGUUAAAAAAGCGAAAGAAACCUCAAGUCUACAAGACGUACCGCAGAGUCCAACCAAAUCUCCAACAAAAAGACCUAAAGACCAGUACGACGAAGUGAAGCGUAGCCCUUCCAAAACAUGCCACCCAAGGGUUCUACCGAGAGAAACAGCAAGCCCUGAAGGAUCUAGACCAGCGUCACCUUUGAAAACAUUCCCAAUUGUUAUAGACACAGAGGAGAAGCCAAGACACAAGAAAAGCCCAUCACAUGAAGUAAAAAGUAAUCUUGAAAAUACUGAAACUAACUAUCUAUCUCCACUUGCGAGAUCUGUUAUAACUCAAGAUUACGAACACUACUUGGGACCACAUGACAAAGCCCACAUCCCCCCAUUUCACAACGUGAAUACAGAAGACACUGAUUCACAAAACAGACCGCAAAGCCCAUUUGUGACUAACCAGAGCGGGAGCACGGAUCCCAGAGUCAGUUGUUGGAUUGAGCAGAUUAAAGACUUCAGUGAUGACACAGAUACAAGGGCUUGGUCCUUGUCUCGGGCAAGUUCAGGCAGUCAUGGUGAAAAGUCUGGCCCAGUCAUGUCUGCUCUGAGGCGCUUAUCGUCUAAAAUAUCCUCGUCCAAAAGUCUGGAAGAUCUCACCUCCCCAACAAGGGAAGAAAAAGAACAUAUGAACAGAAGUGUGGAUGACGUUUCAGAAAUACCUUCAACAGCUUCUUUUGCCACCUCCAAAAAAUCGAGUGUCUCCGUACCUGCAUUUCAACUGGAUGAGACAGACAGCGACAGUCCAUUUGAGAACAACAUGAGCUGGAGGAGGAACACUGGGAGCUCCGCGUCCAACAUUAGCCUGUCCUCUGGCAUGGCGUCAAUGUCCUCUGUGAGUGGAAGUAUGACCAGUAUCAACCACAUGGACCUGGGGGAUGUCGAUGUUCAAGGCACUAUUCAGUUUGCAGUGAACUACAUCCAAAAGCUGGGAGAGUUUCAUAUCUUUGUGGUGCACUGCAGAGAUCUGGCAGUAGGGGACGCUAAGAAGAGCCGCUCCGACCCGUAUGUCAAAUGUUACCUUCUGCCCGACAAAACUAAACUGGGCAAAAGAAAGACCACAAUCAAAAAGAAGACCCUGAACCCUACCUACAAUGAAAUCCUUCGGUUUAAAAUAUUGCUGGAAGUUUUAAAAUCUCAACAUCUGAACGUGUCGGUUUGGCACAAUGACACUUUUGGACGUAACAGUUUCCUUGGAGAGGUGGACCUGGAUCUGUCAGAAUGGGACUUCAGUAAUGCUCAGAUCAAUGAAUACGCGUUGAAAGCCAGGACCGCCUCCUUAGCUCUGACCUCCAACCCCUCCCCCACUCGCACUUCGGACAUCAGAGGACAAAUGAGAGUAGCACUGAGAUUCCUGCCCCAGGCAUCCCCAAGCAGAGGACCAUCCAGGAAUGAAACUGGAGAAGUACAGAUUUGGGUGAAGGACUGUAAGAACCUCCCACCGAUCAGAGGAGUUAUCAUUGACCCCUUUGUCAAAUGUACUGUUCUUCCAGACACCAGCAGGAAGAGCCGUCAGAAGACUCGUGUGGUGAAACGCACGGCCAACCCCAUGUUUAACCACACCAUGGUCUACGACGGCUUCAGACCUGAGGACCUGAGAGAAGCCUGUGUGGAGCUCACUGUGUGGGACCAUGACAGGCUCAAUAACCAUUACAUCGGAGGGGUCAGACUGGGCCGAGGAUCAGGGAAAAGUUACGGAGUUGAUGUGAACUGGAUGGACUCAACAACAAGUGAGGCUAACCUAUGGCAGAGGAUGCUGGAGUCUGUGGGUGAAUGGGUGGAGGAUGUUCUACCCCUGAGGAUGCUGCUGAUGGCAAAAAGCAUGGCCAAGUGACACUCGGAUCUAUUGUGAAAAAUACAUAUAUAUUUUUACUGCCCAGAUAAACUAAAACAAUUGUGAGAUUUAGUCAAGAGGAAGAGGUCACACCAUAGACUGUUUAUAUAAAUGGACAUAGCUAACCUGCUAGUCAACAUGUUCUUAAUAGGAAGUGAUCAUGUGUACGAUUCUGGCUCCAUCAACUCUGGCUCCAAUUCAAUUUACAUGGAAAAACUGUUGCCCGUCUUGCUGUAACUGCUGCAGUGAGCCUCAUCAUUUUGGUCUUAAAAUGUUGGUAUUAACCUGCUCUACAUGAUCCUGGUGUUUUUAUUUUGCUGUUUUGUGCGUAAAUGAAGAUAUGAACUUUAAAAACAGAUCAGGUGCCUUCUUUCCCCUUGGUCACUCCCAAUAAUGUUAGCCACAGGCUUGAUCAAAGUGCCUGCUCCCUGCUAAACCAGUGGUGUGGGUGGGAAGAAUCAUUACCUUCAACAGCCUUGCACUGAAUUGGCUCUUUGGUUGCUAUCGUAUUCAUGGUCGAAAUUCCAAAUAUGGAACUCGGCUUCAAAUUGCCCCUAUAACUGCUCUAGCCUCAAUGAGCUUCAUUUGACUGUAGCCCAACGCUAUGGGUGACGUCACACUCAUUUAGUCCACUUGUUUAAACAGACUAUGGGUCACACACAAAACAAAAUUACAAAACAAAAAUGUGGCAAAAACAAAUAAGUUGUAGACCUGGGGAUAUCCAUAGGUUUCACGGUGAUGGAAAAUUGGGACUGUAGCCAAAACAGGAAAAAAGUCUUUAAAAUGUUACAUAUAACAGGAAGCUCAAACCUAUGAAGAUUUCAUUAUGCUAAAUUGACUCUUGUGAGUUUUAAGCCAUGUUAUAAUGUUGUUACUUUCUCAAAAACACACUUGGAGUUGUGUUUUGUUUCAUUCACACAUGUUUGAGUAACCCUUGAUAACUAGUCUGUCUACAUCUCCAAAGCUCAAAAUGCUCUGUUCCACCUUGUGAUGUCAUGCAGUGGUAGUUUCCAAGUUAACUGCUACCUUUUAGCUUUUGUUUAGUAGAGAUUGACAAUUCCAGUCCUUAAGUCAUCCAGAUGAUUCUAGUGAAUGUGUAUGAGGUUGAAAAACACAGUGGAGCACUUGCUGUAUUACCACAUGACAUCACAAGGUAGGACAGAAUGUUUUCUGUUCCAGAGGAAGACAAGAACACAUCCUAAAUAUGCAGGGUUUGUAUGUUAAACAUGUGUGAAUGAAACAAAACACAACUCCAGGUCUGUUUGUGAUGAGGAAACAACAUUACAGCAUAGAUCAGAAAAUGGACUAAUAUGGGCCCAUUAAUGUACUAUAAACCAGACUCUUUCCUUUGAUUGAAGACAUACCUUCUUAACAAAUCAGUAAAAUACAUACAAAAUAUUUUCCACAAUCUCUCUGUAUUGUAAUUAAAAUAGUCUAUUCAUGUUAGUCUGAAUUCAGGUACAGGUUCUUGUGAUGCAGAUGUGAUUUUUAGGCCUUUAUUUUAAUCUAUGGUAAUAAACUAUU